UACGCAUCAGGUGGAUUCUCCAGUCAAGGACAUCGUGUUAAAGGGUCAGAGAUCUUUGUUGGUGGUUUUCCUCGAUCCGUAACCGAGAGUAUAAUCCAUGAGAUAUUUUCUCCUUAUGGGGAGAUUAUUGAGUUGAGGAUGAUCAAGGACCAGGAGGGUAACUCUAAGGGAUUUUGUUUUGUGCGAUUUACAACAAAGGAAGCAGCAUUCAGAGCUUACAAAGAGAACGAUGGAGUUAUGGUCCAUGGAAAGAGUAUUCGUGUUGCUCUUUCUUCAGAUCAAGAUUCCUUGUUUUUUGGAAAUCUUCAUAAAGAUUGGAGCUUGGAAGAAUUUGAUAAAUUGGUUCGCCAGGCAUUUAAAGAUGUGUUGUCAGUAAACCUUGCAAUGUAUCCUAGUGCUGAAGAUUUUGCGGCAGGGAAAAGGAGACUGAAUCGAGGAUUUGCUUUUGUGCAAUUCUCAUCUCAUGCAGCUGCAGCACGUGCAUAUCGCAUUGGAUCAAAAGCAGACUUUCUACUUGCUGGUAAGUGGCAUCCUGUAAUAGAUUGGGCUGAGAAGGAGCCUGAAAUUGAUCCGGAAGAACUAUCAAAGAUUAAGGCUGCUUUCAUUGGAAAUCUUCCAAACGAUGCUGACGAAGAGUAUUUAAAGAAGCUAUUUGAUCCACUAGGAAAGGUUGAGAGGGUGGCACUAUCAAGAAAAGGCCACUUCCCAGUUGGAUUUGUUCAUUUUGCUAAGCGUGCAGAUCUUGAUAAUGCAAUCAAAGAAAUGGAUGGAAAAAUAGUCCAGGGACCCCGUAGAGGUCCAAAGUUUAAGAUCCAGGUUGCAGUUGCAAGGCCUGUAGAAAUGGGCAAACGACCUCGUGAUGAACCAAAAAAUAAGCCUCUUCCUAGGUCCAGAGAUCAGUCUGAUUCUUCGUAUGAUGGCCACAUUUCAGAUUCAUUAGAUCAUAAAUCAAAAGCACCUAGACUUGCUGAUCAGGUACCUGACACUAUUGAUCCAUAUGAAGCAGCUGUUAUCACAUUACCAGCAGUGGUGAAGGAACACCUUCUUCAAGUGUUGCGUGUUGGCAUUGCUACUCGAUAUGAUUUGAAUCUUCGUUGCAUAACUAGUCUCAGAGAGCUUUCAGAGUCAGCAGCUAUUGCUGUCCUUGAUCAGUUUAUGUUAUCGGGUGCUGAUAGACAAGAUAAAGGAGCAUACUUUGCUUCACUGGUUUCCAAGCACCAGGCUGAAAAGUUUGGUCAGCGAGGCAGCACAUCUUACGUGCCACAAAAGACAAGAAAGAUGUUCAGCCUAGGAGCCCGACUUUGUUCAGAAGGAAUUGAUUUGCCCAAGGAAUCUGAGCUGCUUAGCCUAGGAGCCCAGCUUUGUUCAGAAGAAAUUGAUCAUUCUGCUUCUAGGAACAGGUUAUCUCCAGCCCUGUUCCCUUCUUCUUCUUCGUCUUCACUCUAUGAUCGUCCACUGCCAUCUCGAUCAAGCGUAAGGAAAUUGGAAGACAUAACACCAUCUUACCGAGUUCCAGCUUCUUCCAUGCGAUACGGACCUGGUAUAGGAUCCAGCUCGCAUCUGAGCCCCAAGGAACAUCCUGUCGAGCGCCGACAAAUGAAGUUUGAUCCUUUCACAGGCGAACCUUACAAAUAUGAUCCUUUCACAGGCGAACCCAUAAAGCCAGAACCACACGGUCGGCGAUCUGAGAGCUUCUUUUGAUCAGGUUUUAGCAUUCAUUGAUGUGUUAUCAGAGGAGAAGGGGAUAAAAUAUUCGAAGUUUGUUAGAAAGGUCUCGCAUUUAAGCUCUGUCAACCAUUGGCCAUCCGCUCCUGUCUGUCAAAGGUUGAGCACUCUUCCAACUUUGAAGUCACUACUGCUCCACUCUUGCUGGAAAUAUUGUGUGUUGUUCUGAGUUGAACUUGUGUAACAUAGGAGAACCUAAGAAGUCCAUUUUUUAGGGUGUGUUGUUCA